UGAGCGAAGCCUUGCCGGCUGCCUGUCUUGCCAGCCACUGCAGGUCUGAAACGUUUGAAGCGGUCCGAAGCUUCGUAGCCUGUGUCCUGCAUGCUACGCUUGCUGUCAGCCUUGCGCUUGGUCCAUGUGGUACUGAUGGCGGACAGGCAAGAUUUUGCAACAGCUGAUUAUACGGUGCCUUUAUGAAGGCAUUGCAAUGGAUUCGUGCAGGCCGCACACUAUCGCUGAAAGAAUGAAGCGGGUGCUCCUAUCGCCCAGCGUCCAGCACAAAGGGCUAUUUCCUGCCCGUCGCGGAAGAAUCAAGGUUUGAGAUUUUCGGCGCUCGUACAGCGCGAACCGAGCGUGAUCUUGGAUCAAGUUGGAAAUCGAAGAAAGCCCAAUUCAAAGGAACAUCAAGAUGGUGUCUCUGAUGCCAUUGUUCCUGCUGUCUCUGGUGUCUCUCGCAUCGGCUCAGUACUGGCGUUACCCAACGUACUCCGAAGGGCCACAGUACCCCAAUCUCUACUCUUGCUCCUCCAUUCCACCUUACCAGAUUCCCGUCGAGGCCGAGCCGCAACCAGCAACAAGCGACGCACCGCCACCUCAAGCACCACCGCAAUCAUACUUCACACGACUCGGUAACCCAGACCCGAAUGGCCUACGGACGCCGCUGGAGGACAGCAACAUACCGGAGAAUGCCACCCGGCUGGACGACGUCGAUCUCCUGCAGAGAUUCAUUGACGUGGAGCUGGAGAACACAAGCAUCUUGCGGCCUGACAUUUUAUCCGAACCUGCAGGUUGCCCAGUGCUAGACGGGUCUUACCAAGCUACGCUUCCCAUUCUGCCAGGUGCUAGUGCCUCUCAGGGCACUGCUUUCUACCUCUUCUGCUACACCAGCUGUUUCCCCAUCUUCGAGUGGAAACCAUUGCCGCCGGGCUACUUCCCGCCGUUCGUGCGUCUGUCCUACUGUCCGCGUCGCAACUGCUCGAUUCCGCUCGGCCAGACGUGUCGUCCAGAGUCGUCUCGCUUCAUCGUCGUGCUGAAGCACCACUGCUGUAAGCAGCAGCGCGUUGAGCUCAUUCCCAAUCCUACGCCAGCCCGACCCACUCAGCCAAGUGGUAUGCCGAACCGAUUGUUCAGACUGCCGUACUACGCUCCGUAUCGCCAGGUGGUUCGCACCGAGCUCAAGUGCGGCUACUAUCGCGUGCGCAUACCCACAGCCUCCACGUGCAGAUGUGCGUGCUCAUCAUCUAUCUACAGAGGUUGAAGGCACGGUGCAUAAGUCACAUUGCCUCUCCAGAUGAAGGCACGCCAACGUAUCGUGGUGCCAUAAAUUUCUUUGCUUGUAUAUUUUGUUCUGAGUAUGGUUUUGAAUUUUGUCCCACUCUUUCUUUCCUUCCAAUUCACUAAACUAUGCUUACCCUUCUCUUUCACAAAUUACUCUUCCCUUCUGACUGGAGUGCGGAACGUGGUCAGAUUCUGUAAUGUUCGUAUGGCUUUCUCAUGGUGUGUGUGUGUGUGUGUGUGUGUGUGUGUGUGUGUGUGUGUGUGUGUGUGUGUGUGUGUGUGUGUGUGUGUGAGAGAGAGAGAGAGAGUGUGUGUGAGCACAAGUUGCUAUGUCUAACAUACCUGUUCGCUAUCAUCGCUUCCGCGAUGGGCAUGUAUUUUGUCUGAGUCUGAGUGUGUGUGAGUUUGUUUAUCUGUGAAAAUCCAUGCUUCGUUGUGCCACGUCUGUUGGCUCGUGUCUCUUUUAAGUUUCUCUUUCUCAGCACCAGGAUCACUAGUGGAAUGUCUAAAGCAAUGUUUUGUAAUAGCGCCGGUA